AUGAAACAGUUACACUGCUAAUCUGGAAUGUGAAUCUGAAACACUGUGUCAGUCAGGACGGCGGAAAACGAGCAAAACAUUUAAAGGAACGUUCAGGAUCGCCGAUUCUAAUGUCCCCCCUUCAACUAUUAACGAUUUGUGAUGAAAAGCUUAUUUUUUUUAAAUAUCUACAUUUUUAAAAUGUUCCAGUUUUGGAAGAAAUUGUUUUCAUUUUUUUGGACGAAAUCAGAGUCAGACCCCAAAGCCGCCGAUGCAGUGGCACAGCGGGAGCUGGUAUCCACAAAUAGCCCUCUAUCAUUAUCCUUUUCAGGCAGCGGGUUUCUUUCCCUGUAUCAGAUUGGAGCAGUGAAAGCCCUGUUGGAACAGGCGCCAGAAAUCCUUACGUUAGCACCAAAGGUUUAUGGAGCCUCGGCCGGAUCUCUGGUGGCCGCAGCUGUGGUGUUCAAGGUUAAUCUAGAUGACAUUCUGAACAUUUUAUUAAAUGCUGCAACAGAAGCCAGAAAAACUACACUUUGGCCACUUUGCCCACGAUUUAAUUUAAUAAAAAAUCUACACAAAUCUUUACUUCAUUUGCUGCCUGACAAUGCACAUCAAAUGGCUACAGGACGGCUCUUUGUGGCUCUCACGAGACUGUCAGACUUGAAAGAUAUAAUGGUUUCAGACUACAAAUCAAAAGAGGAGGUUGUCCAGGUUCUAAUAUGCAGUUGUUUUGUUCCUUUUUACUGUGGGAUUGUUCCUCCUUCAUUUCGGGGAGUGAGAUAUUUCGAUGGUGGUUGUACCAAUUUCCAUCCUUUUGUCAACCUAAACUCCAUCCUUACAGUGUCUCCAUUCUCAGGAGAGAUUGACAUUUGUCCUAGGGACUGUCCUGUGUCUUUUUGCGUUUUUGUUUUGAAUGCCAGUUUCCAGCUGUCAAUAGAGAAUCUCCGUAGAGUGAUCUAUGCACUAUUUCCACCCCGGACCAUGGUGCUGAAUGAAUAUUACUGCCGUGGCUAUAAAGAUGCAGUUAUCUUUCUUAACCAUAUGUCUAAGAAUCGAGGAUGUGGCAGAAUGCCUAAAAAAGCCAUGAAAUCUGACCUCAAAACCAGGACUCUGAAAUGA